AUGUGGUUCAUCAGACUACUGGCUAUAUUCCUUGUUCUCAUCACUAACACGUGGCUGCUCAGCCCGGUUCGCUCCGAUGCACUGAGCCAGUACAAGCGCAGCAUGGCCCAGCGGGCAGACAGCGAGCUCUCCAGGCUAGCAGGUGAACCCUGCACCGCGUCCGGCGUCUGGAUGUCCCGGCGGCAACCCCGCUCCCUCUCCUCGUCCCAACACCGCCCUCCAGCGGCCCGUCCGAGGACACACACGAGCCGGAGAGAGCCGUACACUGUAAAGAGCGCUUCUUCGGUUUGUGCGGGAGGGUGCAGCAGGUUUGACACCGGGGUCCACCUGGUCGCUACGGCGGGGGAGGUUGUGGCGUGGAGAGCCGGGGACGGAUAUGAUACGGUUCCCGUACGGCUCGUUGAGAACAGCGUAACAAACGACAAGCUAAAGACGAAUUAUGUCAGUAAAAGCACCACGCAGCAGCCAGAAGAGUCUCUGCUUAAAGACGCCGGAAAACAGGUCUCCUUGUCGGGUCAAACGAAACCGUCCCACCGCUCUCGCUCCAGGGUCACCCGCAAACUCCGCGGGGCGUCUCCGUACGAGGAAGACGGAAACUCCAGCUGGGAGAAAGUUUUCCCUGACAGCACAACAGAUUCCAGGGGUCUCCAGGUCCUCUACAAGCUGCAGCAGGAAGAUGGAGAUCAGCAGUCCUCCACCGGUAACCUGGAGGACAGUACCGAGGACUACUCCGGGGAAGUGGAGGAGGAACAGCCCGCGAACAUGCCUGUCGGGAGUUUCCUACCCUGGGGGAGUCCCUUGCCAAGGGUACCCCCUUCCUGGAUGACUGCCCUGUACUUCAGUGGACGCAGGGAGCAGCUGAAGGUGAAGCCAGCUGCAGGGGUGGAGCUGCCGAGGGCCAAGUUCAGCCUGGAGCUCUGGGUGAAGCCUGAGGGAGGGCAGAGCAACCCUGCAGUCAUAGCAGGUGUAUUUGACAACUGUUCCCAUUCACUAAGUGAGAAAGGCUGGUCGGUAGGUGUCCGCACUGUGGAACCUGACAGUGCCAAAGACGCAAGGUUUUACUUCACGCUUCGCACAGACCGAGCUUUAAAAUCCACCACUGUCUUAAGCCACCAGCGUUACCGAGCCAACGCCUGGACUCACCUGAUGGCUACUUACAAUGGCCACAACAUGUCCCUGUAUGUUGAUGGAGCUAAGGUGGGAGAGAGCAGUCAUCAGUCGGGGAAUCUCUACAGUCCUUACAUGAAGACGUGCAGAACCCUAUUCCUUGGCAGUAACCAAUCCGAUCAGCGAAACAGCUUCAGGGGCCACAUAGGGGGUGUGGUGUUGUGGGGCUAUGACCGCUCUCAUGAGGACCUGCUAAAGCGGCCACUUCAUAUUGAUAAAAGCGAGCCAUUGGUGGCAAUGUGGGCUGACUUCACCAAUGUGGAACAGCUAUGGACUCCUUACAAAGUUGGCCUCCAUCCGACAAUCAUCACCACUCCUGUCCCUGAACAAGAACUUGUAUCCCCGUUUCUGCCGCCACCCUGUGGCCUGACACCCUGUGACAACACAGACAUAAUCUCUGGCUACAACAACAACUGGCAGCUCCGUGCAAACAAGCAAAUUCGCUACCAGAUCGUCAACCUCUGCAAUGACGAUGGCGGAAAUCCCACCGUGUCUGAAGCCCAGAUCCAGCUCCAGCACCAAGUUCUAACUGAGGCAUUCCGCCCUUACAACAUCACCCUCGAUCUGAGCAUGCACACUGUUAGAAACUCCAGCUUCAGAGAGCGGUUUAUCCUCAGCAACUGUCGGAUUGGUAAGAUUGGGAACCGCAAAUGUGACCCUGAGUGCGACCACCCAAGGACAGGCCAUGAUGGAGGGGACUGCCUUAGAUUGGGACCGUGCUACAACUGGAAGAGACAGGAUGGAGUUUGUAACAUGGAGUGCAACAGUAUACACUAUGACUACGAUGAUGGAGACUGCUGUGACCCGGAGGUCACCGAUGUCCUCAAGACCUGCUUCGAUCCCGAGUCCCCUGACAGGGCCUAUAUGAGUGUAAAAGAGCUAAAGGAGGCCCUACACCUGAGUGGCACUGAAAACCUCAAUGUAUUCUUUGCCAGCAACUCAGUGCGUGAAGAGCUGGCAGGAGCUGCGACCUGGCCAUGGGCAAAAGAGUCUCUAACCCACCAAGGUGGGAUGGUUCUGAACCCAUCCUACUUUGGUACAAUGGGCCACUACAAUACCAUGAUUCAUGAGAUGGGCCACAUAUUAGGACUGUACCAUGUUUUCAAGGGGGUGAGCGAGCGGGACUCCUGUGAUGACCCGUGUCAGGAGACCACCCCAUCCAUGGAGACAGGAGAUCUGUGUGCUGACACUGCACCGACACCCAAAUCAAAAGCCUGCCAAGAUCCCGGAACCGUCAAUGAUUCCUGCGGAGUCACCAUGUACCACAACACACCGUAUAGCAACUACAUGAGUUACACAGAUGACAACUGCACCAACCAUUUCACCCCCAACCAAGUGGCCCGAAUGCACUGUUAUCUUGACUUGGUCUACCAGAAGUGGCUGAUAGACCAGCAGCCGGCUCCCAUCCCUCUGGCCCCCCUAGUGACAGACCAGAGUGCAGAUUCUGUCUCCAUCUAUUGGCUGCCACCUUUGAGGGGAAUGCUUUACCAGAGCUCCUCAUUUCAUGUUUCUGGAAUCAACUGCGGAGACUGCGAAAAAGACGGCGUUUUCCACCAAUAUGCCUCCGAGGCUACAUCACCUCGCAUCUGUGACACGUCAGGCUACUGGACCCCCGAGGAAGCAGUUGGCCCGCCCGAUGUGGAGCAGCCCUGUGAUUUCAGCCUCCAGGCCUGGAGUCCUGAACUUAGCCUUUAUGACACAAAUGUGACUUCUCCGUGUCCUGACACUGAGGGCUGUACCCUCACACUACGGUUCCUCCACCCGAUCGUUCCACAUGCACUCACCCUUUGGGUCACCUACAUCUCAUCAAAUAACCCAGCACUAGCCAACAUAGAGCUGAUAACAGACAUGGGAAAAAGCAUUAACCUCGGACCCCAGCAUGUCUUUUGCGACAUGCCACUCACAUUGCGCCUCGACACCAACAAUGCCGCCGUUGCCGCCAUAAAACUCUGCACCUUCGACGAGAAGAUGGAGAUCGACGCUGCCAUGUUGUCUUCAGGCCCCGGCAGCCCUCUGUGCUCCGGCUGCCAACCCCUGGUUUACAAGAUUCAACGGCAGCCGCCCUUCACUGGCAAAUCCCCCCCACCUCAGACCCAGCAGACAUUCACCGACAGCUCUGUAAAACAGGGAGUCAGGUACCACUACACAAUCCAAGUGGAAGCAGGAAGUCUCCUCAGCGACGCGUCCCCACCUCUCCUCUACACCCACGGGCAGUCCUACUGUGGAGAUGGCCUCAUCCAGGGGACAGAAGAUUGUGACGACAAUAAUCUUCUGGAUGGGGACGGCUGCUCUAAGAAAUGCCACAAGGAGAUUGGCUUCAACUGUAAGGGUGAGCCAAGUCAUUGUUAUGUUUUUGACGGUGACGGUGUGUGCGAGGAGUUUGAGAGGGGCUUGAGCGUUCAGGACUGUGGUUACUUCACACCUUUGGGCUACACCGACCAAUGGGCAUCUACUGCCACUGCUUCUCACCAGGACCCCAGCCAGUGUUCUGCCAAUGCUGCCACCGGAGAGCCAUCGCUUACCAAGCUCUGCAGGAACCAACACCUGGAGGUGAGUGAGAGAAUGCCCACGGACGCUUGGUUCCCCUGUGUAGCCCAAUCCGAUACAAACAAUGACCUGGAUCAUCCAUUUUGGCUAAAGGUGGGAUUUGUCAAUCCUGGAGUGGCAGCCUCUGUGAUGGUGUACCUGGCUUCAGAUGGGUCGGGGUCUGGGGAGCAGUGCCGGAGGACAGCCACCAUCCUCCUGUCUGAUACUACUGGCAAAAACCACUCACUAGGAACGCAUGACCUCUCAUGUCAUCGGAACCCGUUGGUGGUGAAUGUGACCCAUGACCUUUCUCAACCCUUCUUCAUCACAGCCUCUGUUAUUCUGCUCUUCUCCUCCCCCUUUGUGGCAGUGGGAGGCGUGGCCCUGAGGACCUCCUGCCACUUUAGCACCUUCGCCCUGACCGGCUGUUUGCGGCAACCGUGUCAGUGGGAAAGCUGCAGGCCUCCCCAUUUAGAGCAUGCGACUGUCAGGUGUACAGGAGGAGGGGAGUCCUCUCACUGCUCUGUUCAGUGUCAUCGUGGUUUCAGCAUCAGUGUCCACAACAGCAGGGGAACCCUACCCCACCAGAAAGAGACUCAUCUGGAGUGUUUCCAUGGUUCAUGGGAUCGCGUCGUCAGCUGUCAGCCUGUAGACUGCGCCCUGCCCGAUCAGUCUCAUGUCUACCACGCUAUAUUCAGUUGCCCCUGGGGAACCACCUUUGGCAAACAAUGCUCUUUCACCUGUGGGUCACCAGCUAUACUACAAGGUGACAGUGACCGGUUGGUGUGCUUGGAGGACGGUCUGUGGUCUUUCCCAGAGGCUUACUGCAAGAUCGAGUGUUCAGAGGUUCCAGACAUACCCAAUGCCAAACUGCUUACUGCAGACUGUCUGGCCUCAGGGCACGACGUUGGCUCUGUGUGCCGUUACAAAUGCAACACAGGCUUCUAUGUAAUGGGGAGCCUCAAAAAGAAGAUACCGCGGAAGUUUUUCAAGAUGGAGUGCCUGGAGGGGGGGCAGUGGGAGACAACUAAUUGUGAGCCCAUAUCCUGCCCAGCAAUACCCGAUGUGUUCCAGGGCAUGUAUAGCUGCACCAAUGGCCUGCAAUACGACACCCUCUGCACCCUGCAGUGCCCGGACGCCACAGAAAAUAGGGAAAUCCGCUGCACUAAGGAUGGUGAAUGGACUGCAGAGUUCACCAUGUGCUCCAAGCUACAGGGAUCGUGCUCUCCUCCUCCCAAUCUCUACUCGGUAGAGUACAGCUGUGAUCACGGGAUGGAUGUCGGUGCUGUUUGCUACCCAACAUGCAUUGUGGCUCUGGACAUGGAUCUGCGUGACCCGGUGGUUUUACCCAAUGACAAUACAGUUGAGUCUUUAAAGCACUGGAUGUUACCAACCACAGUCAAGAGCAUAGUCUGCACAGGGAUGAUGAAGUGGUUCCCUGACCCUCAACACAUCCAUUGCAUCCAGUCAUGUGAGCCUUUUGGAGGUGAUGGCUGGUGUGACACCAUCAACAACCGGGCCUACUGCCAGUAUGAUGGAGGAGACUGCUGCCCGUCUACACUCUCCACCAGAAAGGUCAUUCAGUUUGGGGCGGACUGCAACCAGGAUGAGUGCACUUGCCGUGAUCCAGACGCUGAAGAGAAUAAGAGCAAAGCCAAGCACUUAGAAGGAGGAGGAGGAGGAGGAGGAGGAGGAGCAGGAGCCAGAGGAAGAGGAAUGCAAUAAGAUGUAGGGAUGAAAGAGGCUGAACUUGUCAAAACCACAGACUAUACACCACAACAAACCAACAAAAAGUAUUACAUCUUUUGAAACAUUUGUAAUGCAAAGAACACAGCUGAAUUCAGAUUUCAUUAAAUGAAUGGCUUGUUUUUGAUUGAAUUUUUUUGAAGUGUUCCCGCUGUUGGAAAGCAUCACAUGAGUCAUGUUGGUUUAAAAAAUGAAAUUAUCCUCUAGCACAUCGUGAAUAUAUUGUUUUCUUUCUUUAAGUUAAGGGUCAUAUUUACUGCUGUGUAUGUUAUUUUUUAUUGUACUAAUGUAAUGUCAAAACUAUAUUCAAUGUUGAAAUGAGAGCCUAACAGAAAACACUGAGGUCCAGUUCAACUAGGAUUAAAAUGCAGCUGUACAACAUAAAAGCUCAUCAUAAUUGGAUCAAAUCACUAUUGUAAAUGGAUUCAAUUGGUUUUCUGGACUUGAUUAGUGACGGGACAAAGAAACCAAAAGAACUGGCUGUGCCUGAAGAAUAUUUCAGUACAUGCACAGACCUUACAGUAAGGCCUACUGCUACUAACUGUGUUUACUGUACUGUCCAGUUAGAAAAAAACAUUAGCAUUCCAUGCAAUUAAAGAACCAAACUUCUAAAUGAUACUACAAACUAUUCAGAUGUUGCAAGUUGUCUGGACAUGAGGACAGCUCAAAUGAAAAUGGACAAAGAAAAAAAAGUGUUCUGGUUGUUUUUAAACCAGUUUACUCAGAACAAAGAACAACCUAAUCCCCAUUGUCCUGAUAGCAGAACAAAACAAAACCUCCCAAAAACUUAAAUUACUUUCAACCUCACUACCAGAUCCUUAAGGAAUAUAAAAGGAUACACAUCUGUAGAGACUAACAUGUAUAGACUAAUAUAUUUUGAACACCUAACAUAUCUAAUGGAUCACAUACUAGUCACACGUCAACAGUAUUUAUAACACAGAUCCAGUAACACAAACAUUAUAUACAGCAUGUGCACAGGUCUUUCCAAAUGUUUUCUGUGUUUUCAAUUGUAUUUACAAAAAAUAAUGUCCUCAAUUAGGUCUACUGAUUAUAAACAAUUACAUGAAAAUCUGGAAGUCAGACAUUGGGUUACCAAUCUAAAAAAGUCUUGGAGUUAGCAAAAUGGUGGAUAAACAGAAAGAAAACAUAGACUUGGGAAGUCUGGGUAUACAUUUCGCUCAGCACAGCCUUCAAACGUCUCUGCUGCUUGCAUGUUAGCCUCUGGCAUCCAUUAGCCAGAUAAAUAACCCCAUAUUGUAUCUAUAAAAGAAAAUGUAAUCAUGUUCUUUGUGAUAUUUCUUGAUAUUUUACAGUCCUUUAUACUCUAUAUUAAAUAAAUAGCAACUUAUAUCGAC